AUGGAGCUAAUCCAGCAUAUUCCCACUGUUGCUCAGUUUUCUUACAAGACGGUGAAAUCCGGUCUCAAUUCAAAGGGCUGCAGCAUGAAGGCUCCAGAUCUUUUCCGUGCCAACUGGCUCCAUCCCUGGCAAGCCCCUGAGACACUGAGUGAACAAAUGGUCUCCAUACGCUCAGAAAUCUAUUCUUUCACCGCAGUUAUGUGGGAGAUUUGGUCAGGUAUGCCUCCUUGGUCAGGUGUAGAAGAGGCAGAUAUAGUGCAGCGAGUGGGUGGUGGAGAGACACUUCCAGCUGUGAGUGGGUCUUCACCUUCCCUAGUCACUUACCUCACACAGUAUGGACUCAAGUGGAACUCGCACGAGAGGGAACUUGACCUACAAGAAAUUCAUACAAUGCUACGAUCUCUACGGAUACAGUCCAACGAGGAGGAUCGUGUGCCUGCUGUUCCAGCAUGGGGUCCACCUUCCAUACCUAAUACACCAGUUAUUGGCAGACAUGCAUCACAGACGCAAGCCCCAUCUUCUACAUCGAAGACCAACUCUGCUCUUGACUCUUCGAGUGAUUCUUGCAAUAAUCGUAAAUAUAGCUCUGGGUCUCUGUCUAGUCACCCAGAAGUCCCUAGUGAUUUUAGUGAAAACCUUAGACGAGCAAAAGAUGCAAGAAAAGACACCAGUUCACUCACACAAGUGGUAGUUUCAAGUGAGGUACACAAUAGUCAAAAUGCUACUCCUUGCUCACUUCAGAGGCUACAUACUGAACAGCUGCCAAAGUCACCACAUGUUCCUUUAGAAGAUAAAUUAGAUGGCAUGCCAAAAAAGUUGCAGUGUGUGCCAGGAAAUACCAAAGGAAAGAUAACAGGUGUAGAUAGUGGUUUCUCGACCCCCUGCACUCGCACACCCAGUCCCACCAUGGACACCAUAACCAGUGCCAAAAUUAAUCCAUCAUUUUUAACAUCAACUCCAUCUAGACCACCAACUACAUCAGUCUUAAGAGUGGAUCUCCAGCCAGAUCUUCUCCCUAAUAAAGUUAACAUUAAAUCUUUGACCAAUGGGCAGACCCCUGAUAUACUUUCCCGUGGGCAUAUGGAGUGUAGUAAGGGAGGAUGUAGGAAUAGAGAAGGGCAGGCAAUGAAUAAGAAUCCUAAAUUAUCUGUCCAAGCUCCUCUGUCUCCCAUUAUACCAGUAACAGACUCUGAUCACUCACGUACCAGUUCCCCAACAGGUGAACAGGCAGUUGGGUAUGGGUAUAUCUCAAAUGCUGCCAAAAGAGCCUUUUUAAUGGAAAGUGAUGGGGGGGAUGAUGGAACUUCAUCAGUACCUGAGCGUCCCUCUAGUGCAUCCAGGCUUUAUAGAGAUGUUCCCAGUCAAGCGACAGAUGUCCUCCGUAGGACCGAGGUGGUUCGUCGAGGGCUGAGUAUGACUAACAUCAACUCGCCAAACUUUUCCACCAGCACUUGUGUCACCAGGACCACCUCCCAUGUGUCACUUACUAGUGCCUCGUCCAGUGCCAGUAGCGACACCAGUGGAAGGCGGCCUGUUCGUACAGUCAGCCAAAUUACACUUACCCUCAGGAAAUUAUCACAUGUCUCGGACUCCUCCUCUAGCAAGGAUGACAUGAAUGAGCCCCAGCAAGAGCAACACACUUUCUCAGCAAGAUCUCGCUCUCUCCCAAAGAGUCCCAUGCACACUACUAGAAGCUGUAAAAAGGACGGGAGCAAUGGAUGGGAAGAGAUCACGGGCAUUAAACCAGCCAGCCACCAAUUGACACGCCAUUCUUCCUCGUGCUCCUUGGCCAGUGGCCCGUCUAGCCCUACCCAUUACAACAGCAGCUCCUCAAAUUCCUGGCAACAUAGCAACACUAUUGGUGCUUGUGGGAGGCCCUCCUCUAGUCAGGGCUCAGCACCUUAUUCAAAUUCAGGCACUAAGACAAGUGUAGGGCGGCGAUGGAACAGCAUCAGUGGUACAUCAGCAGGGCUUGGGGACACGGCAAUCAAGAUUCAGCCACGACGGCACUCGGAGGGCCAGAGACCACGAGCCCGCAAGAGCAAACGCCGUCAAGAGGUGGAGGUUGAGGAGGAGUUUUUUGACGACGAGUUUAAUGCGCUGUUAUUCCAGCAGCCUCACAUGCAGCUAUCAGUAGGAUCCUCCGAGAACCUCCUGGAUAGCCGGGCACCACACUCCAUGCUUGCAGACGGAUCAGUGUCUCCAGUAAGCUUAGGUUUCAGUAGCUUCUCUCCAAGCCUUACAAGUAGUGAAGACGAGGUAGACGAGGCGGGUCUGAAGGAUGGAGCGUCAAGAGUGGCUGGCAGACAUCGAUGGAGACUAGGGGCUGUUGUAGAGAAUGGGAACUCCGAGGAAGAUGAAGAAGAGGGAAAAAUGCAAAUUGAUGCAAGUACCUUGAAAGGUUGCAUUACUGAUGGUGGAAAAAUACCAGUAUUCAGUGAAAAUGAGCACACUAGUGGUGAUGAUGAUGCAACAGGUGGUCCAUGGAGGUACAAGGAGUUUAAUAAGGAAUAUGAACCCUUGAAGAGUGUUCAGCUGCUUAGAAAUCUAGAAAAGAAUCUUAGUACGUAUCUGCCCACUUAUUCUACUGGGAGUGAUACAGAAACGGGGGAACUUUGAUCUUAACUUUUACUGAGCUGUUUUUUUUUAAUAUCCUUUGGGAUAAAUGGUGCAUUUACCUUAGCAUUUACCAUACAAAUGCAUACAUGUCAUGUCAUGUUGACUGGUUGUGUUGUAGCAAUGCCAUUUUGUUUCUCCCUGGUUCUUGCAUAAUGUAUAUAGAUUCACAUCAUGAGGUCACACUCCAUUUGUAUGUCUACAUUCCAUGUUAAUUUCAAGUCUUGUGUAAGAAAUAAUUAGGUAGCUGUUUUUCCUGAGAUUAGAAAGCAUCUUAGUGACUGAAAUGCAAGGCUUUUAGGGCAUGUAAAGUUAAGUGUGGUUCACUAUUUUCAUAAAUUGUGACGUGUCAUGAAAUCCUUUUAACUGCUUUGCUUCUCUCUCUAAAAUGUAAUUUAUGAAAAAAAAUUUUUUGCCAUCCAAGCAUUGGGUAAAGCUUAGGCUUUCAUACUGAAGAAUGCAGUCUUUUUUUUUUUUUUUUUUUUUAUAAAUGUUUUUUUCGACUGUACUUAGCAGCUGUGCUGUGUGCUGUAGAUAGUCCUUUCUACCAAAGAUAAGUGGUGUAUGGAAUUUAGAUACCCGGUAAUUGUAGAUUCUUCUGUAGUUGGACAGCGUUUGAGCAAGUCUCAUGUUGAGCCAAGGCAGAGUAAUGGUAACUCAAAAGCAAGGAGGUUUUAAGAUUUUUAUAUUGGUAAAUAAACUUAAUAAUGUCUACUAUGCUUCAAGAUGGGAUGGACCCUUUUCGGUUUAGCUCUUAAUUUGAUAUAAUUAUUGUUUUUGAAGAUGGAAAUUAAAUUUACUUUAGAAACUCAACAAGUAACAAAAAUUUAAGUGAGAGUUUAGAUAGAUUGUAGAUUUACACUGUACCAUUUGCUACCCUUAUGGGUUUAGCACUUCAUUAUAAUUAUUAUAAUAUAAUGAAAUGCUAAACCCUUAAGGGUCACACAGCAAAUGAUUAUGAUAAUGUACCAUUUGCUGCUCAGCAGGACAUGUAAUAAUGUUGAGAAAAUAAAUAAAAUGUAAUGUU